AUGAGUCAAGAAAAACACUCCAGUGAUCCAGAGGCAGCUGUCUGUCCACCGGAGAACGAAGAUGGCCCAGUAUCAGCUUUCCAGCAACUAGGAAUUCUCGACCGUUUCCUCGCAGUCUGGAUCUUCCUCGCCAUGGCUAUUGGAAUAAUCCUAGGGAACUUCGUCCCGAAUACUAAAGAAGCGCUGGAGAAGGGAAAGUUCGUCGGCGUUUCAGUGCCCAUUGCAAUCGGAUUGCUGGUCAUGAUGUAUCCCAUUCUCUGUAAAGUCCGCUACGAAACGCUGCACCGGUCGUUCCGCGAGAAGAGCCUUUGGAUUCAGGUUGGUUUCAGUAUUGUUGUCAACUGGAUCGUUGCUCCUUUGUUCAUGCUUGGCCUGGCGUGGGCUUUUCUUCCAGACGAGAGAGGUCUUAGGGAAGGCUUGAUUUUGGUCGGAAUCGCACGAUGCAUUGCAAUGGUCCUAAUCUGGACCGGCCUGGCAGGUGGCGACGGCGACUACUGCGCGAUCCUCGUCGCAAUUAACUCCAUCCUCCAAAUGGUUCUAUUCGCACCACUCGCCAUCUUCUUCAUCCGCGUCAUCGGUGGCUCGGACUCGGGCGUCACUAUCGACUAUUCCCUGGCAGCGAAGAGCGUCGGUGUCUUCCUCGGUAUACCAUUGGGAGCAGCUAUUGUCACUCGUUUCGCACUGCGGUUCCUGACAAGCGAAGAGUGGUACAAUAAGCGUUUCCUGAAAUGGUUAAGUCCUUGGUCGCUCAUCGGGCUGCUAUUCACUAUUCUGGUGCUUUUCGCGUCGCAAGGUGAGCAGGUCGUGCAUCAGAUUGUCUCUGUGGUCCGAGUUGCUGCCCCGCUGAUCGUAUAUUUUUCUGUCAUCUUCCUGGCAACCCUUGCGGUAACUCGCCGGUUUGGGUUUGGAUAUAGACUGUCUUGUACUCAGAGCUUUACAGCGGCGAGUAACAAUUUCGAGCUGGCAAUUGCGGUGGCGAUCGCAGCGUUCGGCGUGGAUAGUGACCAAGCGUUAGCUGCAACAGUUGGUCCACUAAUUGAGGUCCCCGUGCUGCUGGGUUUGGUGUAUGUGGUGAAAUGGUUCGCCAAAAGACAGAAAUGGGCGCCGUAA